AGCUGCACUCAAGAUGAUGAGUUGCCUUUGGAGAAUCUUAUUUGUCCUUGGCUUUUCUGCAGCCGCCGUUGCUCUGGCCCCUGAGCGAGUGGAGCUGAGCUACGAGGAAGCCGUUUCCUUAAUCGCUGAACUCUACAGCCAAACUGCAGAGGUGGCUUUUGCCUUCCGGCUCCUGGAAGCCAAGCCACAGCCAGACUGGGACCCCCGGAGCGAAGAGCCUCAGGAUCUGGAAUUUACUGUGAAAGAGACAACGUGCUCAGCUGCUGAGCUGCUGACUGCGGCCGACUGCGACUUCAAGGAAGAUGGGGUGGUGAAGGAGUGUUCCGGGACAUUCUCCAUCCAGCUGCAGACUCCUGUCCAGCUCAAUUGUGACCCUGUGCGUCAGAAGGAGCGGAUUCGUGCCAGGAGGGGUGUGAUUCGUAAUUUAGUAAAGAAAGUCAAGAAGAAGUUCAGGAAGCAUCGGCCUGGAAGUUUCUCUCUGAUUGCCCACGCGGGAGGUGGGCGACACCGUGGACGGAUUGCGUGAGAAGAUUUGGAUGUUGCCGCCCAAGGGAGAAGACGCCAUCGUUGCUGCGGGUAUUUUAACAGAGCCUGACAAAGACUUUCCCGCUUUAGGAACGACGCAAGGCAGGAUCCGGCCGCUUGCCUGCAAAGCAGUUUCUUCUGCUGAAUGCUGAACAGGCCUUUCAGAUCCUGCCUUCGAUUUCCCGCCUGUUUGUAAUAUGUUCAGAAUAAAUUAUUGCAAUGUUGGAA